AUGCUGCUGGGAAUAGGGCGCUUUGUGUUCCUGUCGCUGACGGACGUGGCGACGCUGCCGGCGCUGGUCGUAAUGAAGCGCAAUCGUCGACAUUUUGAGAUGUUCGUGGGCGUCUCACAGCUCUUGAUCUCCUUUUUCUUCAAUACUGCGGAGGCGUUUGACACGCAGCUGUUCCUCGGAGAAGACGAUUGGCAUUUUCUAUCGGACGUUGUGUCCGUCACCUAUUUUCUGCUGCUCUGCGUACACCUGAUGGGGUACAAGGAUGAGAACCGGAACAUCGUUCUGCGCUACGUGGCAUUUGCUGGCUCGUUGCUCUUCAAUACCAAGGACCGAUGGGACUCGACGUUCUACGAAGAGAUGCUCGUGGUCUGCUACCUGCUGGGAGUUGUCUACCGUCGAGUGUUUACCGUGAGCAAUGACAUUUCCCCCUGA